CUUUGGAUGCUGCUGAUUCCUCCUGGAUGCUUCUGAGCCCCCCUUGGACACAGCUGAGCCCCCCUGGAUGCUGCUGAGCUCCCCUGGAUGCAGCUGAUUCCUCCUGGAUGCAGCCGAGCCACCCUGGAUGCAGCUGAGCCCCCCUGGAUGCUGCUGGGAACCCUUGGAUGCUGCUGGGAGCCUUUGGAUCCUGCUGAGCCCCCCUGGAUGCAGCUGGGAGUCCUUGGAUGCUUCUGAGCCCCCCAGGACACUGCUGAGCCCCCCAAGCAUUGCUGAUUCCUCCUGGAUGCAGCCGAGCUCCCCUGGAUGCAGCUGAGCCCCCCCAGGACACGGCUGAGCCCCCCUUGAACACGGCUGAGCCCCCCAAGCAUUCCUGAGACCCUCUGGAUGCUGCUGAUUCCUCCUGGAUGCUGCUGAGCCCCCCUGGUUUCAGCUGAGCCCCCCUGGAUGCUGCUGGGAAUCCCUGGAUGCUGCUGAGCCCCCCCGUGCGGUUCUGAGCUCGGGGCUCCGCCGCCGGUGAGGCCGGAGGGAUCCGUACCGGGCACCCCCCGCUCCUUCAGCCCCGGCUCCGUUAUCCUGAGGAAUCUCCCGGCUCCGUUAUCCCGAGGGAUCUUUCUCUUCCGGCUCCGUUAUCCCGAGGAAUCUCCUGGCUCCGUUAUCCCGAGGAAUCUCUCUUUCCCGGCUCCGUUAUCCCGAGGAAUCUCCUGGCUCCGUUAUCCCGAGGAAUCUCUCUUUUCCGGCUCCGUUAUCCCGAGGGAUCUCCCGGCUCCGUUACCCCGGGAUCCCUCCCAGCCCAUCCCGGCCCCGUUAUCCCGGGAUCCCUCCCAGCCCAUCCCGGCUCCGUUAUCCCGGGAGAUCUCUCUCUCCCGGCCCCGUUAUCCCGGGGAUCCCUCCCAGCCCAUCCCGGCCCCGUUAUUCCGGGGAUCCCUCCCAGUCCAUCCCGGCCCCGUUAUCCCGGGAUCCCUCCCAGCCCAUCCCGGCCCCGUUAUCCCGGGAUCCCUCCCGGCCCCGCUCCCAGCCCAUCCCGGCCCCGUUAUCCCGGGAUCCCUCCCGGCCCCGCUCCCAGCCCAUCCCGGCCCCGUUAUCCCGGGAUCCCUCCCGGCCCAUCCCGGCUCCGUUAUCCCGGGAUCCCUCCCAGCCCAUCCCGGCUUUCCGGAGCUUUGCCUAAUCCGGGCUCAGCCGUGCGGGCGAUGCGUGACCGGCCCUGACCCGGCCCGGCCGGACCCGCUCGGAGCUGCCCCGGGAAACUCCGCCGGGAGGAUCCAAAAUUCCCUGGAAAACCGCGCCGAGGCUGCCGGUGGCACUUGGAGAAUCAUCCAGUGGCUCAGUGCUGAGGGAAUUCUGUGGGAGCAUGGCUGGAGCAGGACACGGGGUCAGGGCACGGAAUGCAGGCAGUGAUGCGGGCUGCUCCUCCCUGCCCGCCCGGUGGAUCGGUGCCCGGGGGCUGUGACGCCGCCGCGCUCCCUGGCCAUGAGGAGGUUUGGCUACUGCCGGGUGGUGUUGGCCACCUCGCUGCUCUGGCUGCUGCUGGACGUGUUCCUGCUGCUCUACUUCAGCGAGUGCAACAAGUGCGAGGACAGCAAGGAGCGCUCGCUGCUGCCCGCGCUGCGGGCCGUGAUUUCCCGGAGCCAGGAGGGCCCGGGGGAGAUGGGCAGGGCCGUGCUCAUCCCCAGGGAGGAGCAGGAGAAGAUGAAGGAGCUCUUCAAGAUCAACCAGUUCAACCUCCUGGCCAGCGACCGCAUCGCGCUGAACCGCAGCCUGCCCGACGUGCGGCUGGACGGGUGCAAGAGCAAGGUGUACCCGGAGGAGCUGCCCAACACCAGCGUGGUGAUCGUGUUCCACAACGAGGCCUGGAGCACGCUGCUCAGGACCAUCCACAGCGUGCUGGAGCGCUCCCCGCCGCGCCUGCUGGCCGAGAUCGUCCUGGUGGAUGAUGCCAGCGAGAGAGAGUUUUUGAAGGCCUCCCUGGAGAAUUACGUGAAGAAACUGGGGGUGCCCAUCCGAAUCCUGCGGAUGGAGCAGAGGUCGGGGCUGAUCCGGGCACGGCUCCGAGGGGCUGCAGCUUCCAAGGGCCAGGUGAUCACGUUCCUGGAUGCCCACUGCGAGUGCACCCUGGGCUGGCUGGAGCCGCUGCUGGCCAGGAUCAAGGAGGACAGGAAAACCGUGGUGUGCCCCAUCAUCGACGUCAUCAGCGACGACACCUUCGAGUACAUGGCGGGCUCGGACAUGACCUACGGCGGCUUCAACUGGAAGUUGAAUUUCCGCUGGUACCCCGUGCCCCAGCGGGAGAUGGAGCGCAGGAAGGGGGACAGGACCCUGCCCGUCAGGACCCCAACUAUGGCUGGUGGCCUGUUUUCUAUUGACAGGAGCUACUUUGAAGAGAUAGGAACUUACGAUGCAGGAAUGGAUAUCUGGGGUGGCGAGAAUCUUGAAAUGUCCUUUAGGAUCUGGCAGUGUGGAGGCUCCCUGGAGAUCGUCACCUGCUCCCACGUGGGACACGUCUUCCGCAAGGCCACCCCCUACACCUUCCCGGGGGGCACCGGCCACGUCAUCAACAAGAACAACCGGCGGCUGGCCGAGGUCUGGAUGGACGACUUCAAGGAUUUCUUCUACAUCAUCUCUCCCGGGGUGGUGAAGGUGGAUUAUGGAGAUGUUUCCGUCAGGAAAGCCCUGCGGGAGAGGCUUGGCUGCAAACCCUUCUCCUGGUACCUGGAGAACGUCUACCCCGACUCGCAGAUCCCGCGGCGCUACUACUCCCUGGGAGAGAUCAGGAAUGUUGAAACCAACCAGUGCUUGGACAACAUGGGCCGCAAGGAGAAUGAAAAAGUGGGAUUUUUCAACUGCCACGGCAUGGGAGGGAACCAGGUGUUUUCCUACACGGCGGACAAGGAGAUCCGCACGGACGACCUGUGCCUGGACGUGUCGCGGCUCAACGGCCCCGUCCUCAUGCUCAAGUGCCACCACCUGAGGGGCAACCAGCUCUGGGAGUACGAUGCCGAGAAGCUGACCCUGAGGCACCUGAACAGCAACCAGUGCCUGGCGGAGCCGUCGGAGCAGGACCGGCUGGUGCCCACCAUGCGCGAGUGCGGCGGCGGCCGCGCCCAGCAGUGGCUGCUGCGCAACAUGACCCUGGCGGCCUGAUUCCCGCCCUCAUCCCGCUCUUCCCGCUCUUCCUGCCGCACCCAGCAGUGCCCAGCCCGCUCCCCACCCCAGCAGAGGCACCCAGGGGUGCCCUUGGACUCCUCCAGGCCUCCAGGUGAUCCAAGGUCUGCAGUGACAACGCCAGCGGGCUCCGGAUUCCAGAGGCAGCAGCUGACCUCGGAGAAGUUGGGAUAUGGAAGUGUCACUGUCACUCCAGAUUCCAGAGGCAGCCACUGACCUUGGAGAAGUUGGGAUAUGGAGGAAUUGCUGUCACUCCAGAGAUUCCAGAGGCAGUGGCUGACCUUGGAGAAGUUGGGAUAUGGAAGUGUCACCAUCACUCCAGAGAUUCCAGAGGCAGCAGCUGAACUCGGAGAAGUUGGGAUAUGGAAGUGUCACUGUCACUCCAGAGAUUCCAGAGGCAGCCACUGACAUUGGAGAAGUUGGGAUAUGGAAGUGUCACCAUCACUCCAGAGAUUCCAGAGGCAGCAGCUGAACUCGGAGAAGUUGGGAUAUGGAGGAGUUGCUGUCACUCCAGAUUCCAGAGGCAGCCACUGGCCUUGGAGAAGGUGGGAUAUGGAAUUGUCACUGUCACUCCAGAUUCCAGAGGCAGCAGCUGACCUCGGAGAAGUUGGGAUAUGGAAUUGUCACUGUCACUCCAGAGAUUCCAGAGGCAGUGGCUGACCUCAGAGAAGUUGGGAUACGGCACUGGGAGCCAUCCUGGGAGCUGUGUCCCGAGCUGAUGGGAUGUGCUGGGCUCUCCUGGAGAAGAUCCUGGAAGAAUAUCCUGGAGGACCUUGGGUGGUCUCUUGUGCCCAGUGGGAUUUGACAGCACCAAAGCUUCCUGGGUUGUGCUGGGAAAAUCCGGGAUCCAGUGUUGGGAAAACCAGGCCAGGACUGCGCUUCAGCAGGAGCUCCAACAGAUUCCAACAGGAAUUCCCACAGGAGACACGGGAACGCUGGAGUGACACUGGUGGGACCUCGGAGUGGCACUGAGGGAGCUGUCCCCUCCUUCCAUGGGAUGGAGCUGUCCAAAGCUGAGCCCUCUGGAGCUUGCAGGGUCUCCAUCCCUCCAUCCCAACGCAUCCGUGAUUCCCUGAAUCCCACCAGGCCACAGGCACAGCUCCAUCCCUGGAUCCACCCCCAGCUCUGCCUCCAGGUGUUCCCGCUCCCAGAGGAAUCCCAGAGCUCCUUUCUGCCUCUGGGAAUUUCAGGAAUUUCAGGAAUUUCAGGAAUUGGGGGGCUCAGUCCUUUUGUGGGUGUGGCCGUUCCUGCUGGGAUGUGGGGACAGGGACAUUCCUGGAAUGUGCUGGGGACAUUCCUUUGGGAGCCACCCCAAAUGCAGCUGUGGCUCUCUGGGCCGGGAUUUUGGGAAUUCUCGCUGCCCAGAGACAGAAAUCCCAGGGCAGCGGGAUCCCAGCACGGGUAAGUGGGGAAAUAUUUCCCAGGAUUUCCCUGACAAUUCCCAAAAAUCUCUGUAAAAUGCUCUGGUGAUUAAAAAUGCUGGUAUUUUCUGUA